AAUUUUGUUUUUUUCGUGUUUUGACUUUUUUUUUUUCUCUCUCUCUCUCUCUCUCUCGGGAGAUUGAGGAAUUCAUUUAAUUGAUGUGUUCCCAGGGGGUGGUUUCUGCUUUUGGAUAGAUAUUGGUUUCUAUAAUAGGAUCGGAAUUUAAAUACUAGCAUUUAAGUAAUUUUGGAUCUGGUGCUCUGAAUUGGAGAAUUGAGGUUUGAGAUUUGGUUAGGCUAUAUAAAUCUUUAGGAGAUCAACAAUCAGAGGAAUCAUUGUUGUUUUGGUUGAUGAGUUUAGGGGGUUUAGAUUUAGAUUAGUGGUUUGUUGCGAUUGUUAAUCUCAAAUUCAGGAGCAUAUGGGAAAGAGAAACACUUUUUGGGCUAGAAAUUCUAAUAGCAAGGUUAGAUCUAAGGAUAAGGGUUCUGAUGAAUCUGAUGAGGAUUAUGUGAUUUCCGACGAGGAUGAAGAAGAGUCUGAGGCUGAUCUCAAGGAGGAGUAUGCCUCAUCCGUUGACGGUUUUGAUGGGUCUGAUGCAGUGGAAGCUGAGGAGUUAGAUGAGGUGGAAGAGGAAGAUGUGAUGCUGAGGAAUGUUGAGUGGCCAAAAGUGAAAACUGGUCCUCGUGGUAACCGGAAAAUCACGGGAUGUAAGUCAAGAAAGAUGAACCAAGUUGUGUCUGACAACGAGGAUGUGGAUCUUGAUGAUGCGGAUGAUGAAGAGGAGGAGAUAAGGAAUUCAAGGAAGGCUGUUGGAAAAGUUGGGUCUUUGGAUGGAGAGAAACACAGUAGAAUAGGUUUAGGAAAGCGAAGGAGAGUUUUCUAUGAGAUAGAGGAUGAAGAUGGAGACUAUCCAGAGGAGGAUGGCGAGGAAGAGGAAGAGAGGGAUGUGGAAAAUGUGGAUUUAAAUUCUUUGCAUGAUGGUGAAGACGGGAUGAUGGCAUUGGAAGAGCAGGACAAUGUGUCACACGAGACAGAAAAGGAAGAUGAUGGAGAUUAUGAGGAUGAGGAUGGCGAUGAAGAUUUUACCGCAGAUGAAGAUGUCUCAUUAGAUGAGGAAGAGGAGGAAGAAACAAUUGCAUGUAACAAAAAGUCACUGAAGGUUUGUAAUAAAAACAAGCGAAAGCGAAGAUCUGGAGAAGGUCGUAAAAGAAGGAAGAAAUGCUCUGUUGCAAAAACCCGUUCAACGAGGGGAAGAAAGAGACAUGGGAAAAACACAAACAGAGGAGUUGAUGAAGAUGAUGAUGAUUUUGUAGAUGACUGCCUACCUGCAAGAAAGAAGGCGAAGACAAAGUCAUCAAGGCCAAGGCGUCGGCGUACCGUGCCAUCAGAUUCAGACAUUGCAUCCUCUGCAGAAUCCGAUUAUGAAUACACAAUCUCGGAGGAGGAACGAGAGCAGAUAAUAGAAGCUGGUAGUUUGUUGAGAAGUAGUGUGAAGCAUGCAUCAUCUAUAAGACAAACCACAGUCAAUAAGGAUUUGCCUCAGCUUCGUAAACCUCCUGUGAAGAAAGGUGAAAAGAAGGUAAAGCUAGUGAAAAGAGAGGUGAUAAAAAACGUUUGUGGGAUUUGUCUGUCUGAGGAAGACAUGCGGAGAUUGAAGGGAACAUUGGACUGCUGUAGCCAUUACUUUUGUUUCACUUGCAUAAUGGAGUGGUCAAAAGUAGAAUCUCGCUGCCCGCUCUGCAAGCAGCGGUUCAGAACAAUCAGUAAGCCUGCAAGAUCUACACCUGGAGUAGAUUUGAGAGAAGUUGUGAUAACUGUACCUGAACGUGAUCAGGUCUAUCAACCUACUGAAGAAGAGUUGAGGAGUUAUCUCGAUCCCUAUGAAAAUAUAAUAUGCACUGAAUGUCACCAAGGUGAUGAUGAUGGGCUUAUGUUGCUUUGUGAUCUUUGUGAUUCAUCUGCCCAUACGUACUGUGUUGGUCUCGGGAGGGAAGUACCUGAAGGAAACUGGUACUGUGAAGGUUGUAGACCCGUUGCACUUGGAUCAGCUAGUUCCCAAACGCAUAAUACAUCCGAGCAACAAAGGGUUAGUGGCUUUUACAGUAGACCAUCACCUCUUGUAGUUUCAGGGCAAUAUCAAGAUGCGUCUUUGCUAGUCUCCCCACGUACACCAUUUUUCAAUGGAGAGAACCUAUUUUCUCCAAGGCUUCCUAAUGGUGAUGUUCAAGGUUCUUCUCCAUCCGGCUUAGGGGCAACCACAUUAUCAAGUAGAAGGACGCUUCACAGACACAUACAAAAUAUUAUCAACAGUGAUAGACUUAUUAAUAUGGGUGCUAGAACUGGUGGAACAUCGAUUGCUAACUCGAGUGAUGGUUUUGUGACUACACAAGUAGGUCAUGGCAGAACAAUCGACCCGUCUCAGCCUGCAGCGAACCAAGUAACAGGUGUGUCAUUGUAUACAAUCUCUGAUGAAAGACUACCCGACAACAAUUCAUUGAUUUCUGCCCAUAACCCUGAGCUUUUGUCUCCAAAGUUAGAUGAAUUUGGAAGCCAAGAAGCAUUCAGACGUUUGUCUAAUAAUACAUUUCUUGGUGAGCGGCCUAUCGAUUUAGGAUUAUGUCAUGGGCUGGCUCAGGGUGAUCCCUUGUUUGGUAAUCAACAACAUCUUCACAGCUACAUGCCAAACACAAUGUCUUCCAUGGCAGGAGAACGACUGCCACAAAGAGUUAAAGCGCAUCUCAAAAACUUGUCCAGUCAAAUCGACUUAGGUCAAACCACUUUCGACGAAAUUUCCACGUGCUCAAUGCACACGAUACUGGCAGCUUGUGGACUUGAACACGAGAGCAGUGAAGUCCAUCUUGUUCCGCCACCAGUGACGUGUACUCACCAUCAUAUGAUACCUGGCAGCAGUAGUAGUAGUAGCAGCAGCAGCCUAAUGAAAGGGUGUUGCUAUUCUUGUUUUGAUUCAUUUGUAGAAGAUGUAGUUAAAAUGAUUCUAGACACAAGACAACCCCAUUGGUUGAGGCUAGGGCUCCACUAAAACCACUUGCUUCAAUUGUUUAUUAGAUUCGUUAGAAAAUUGAAUUUUUUUUUUCUUUCCUCUUUUUGUUCAGAUCCUGAACCUUUAUUUUUAGCAUUGUAUAUGAUACAAGUGCGAUAAUCUUUCAAUGAAAAAGAAUUUUAUUUUUUA